CAGUCUGUUGCUCUGCAUGCAAUUUAGACACAGCCAAUAGUCAGAUCACUGGCCAGACACACUGUAUUCGGAGUUGAAUAUUCAGACUGAAUGAUGAUGGGGGAGGGGUGUAGUAGGAUGGAGUGAUGCUAUAUCUUAAUUUGAUCGUCCUCUCGGCGCAGGAAUUUGCAAACUGGUGAAGUUUGCGAUUUCUUCUACCUAAAGUCUUGAUUUGCCCUGACAAAAAUGUACGAACAACCUACAAAGGUCUGUUAAUUAUAAUCCAUGUGACAUCUUUUCCUGCUGUGUGAACUUGGUUUAAAUCAAGGUCCGGCAUCUGCCUGGAUGCUGAGAGACACUGAUCAAUUUGCUCUAGAUGGCUGACCGUGGGGGAGGUGGAGGGGUUGGGGAGGUGUGUUGGGGAGGUGUCCUGAAGGAGACAGGGUGGGAAAGUUUGAGCUGAACAUUGUAAUGAAAUCACCCUGCUGGUUUGGUGGGGAAUGUUAAUGAGGCUGAUGCCAGAGCCUAACGUCUACUGCACAAUUGCAGGUGGUUUGAGGCAGCCCAGGGCAAACCACACCAAAAACACAUGUAUUUUCCCAUCUGUGCUUGCCUUGUAAUAGCGUUCCCUGGUUUCCCCCUCUGACCUGGUCCUUUUGUAAAACACUGCUCGCUUAAUAAAUUGUUUCCAGUUUCCCCAAAGGAUGGAGGGCGCAAGAGGUGGAAUAAACGAGUGAAGCAGAGGGGUGCUGGAAGAAUUAGGAAAAAAAUAAGCCCUCAGCAAAACGUUUGCCUUAUUAAAAAGCCCAGCACAGAUAUAUUGCUGUUCCACUCUCCCUCCCUCACCUCUCAGAUCUACUCUCCCAGUUUUUCUCAUGAUGAUCAGAUUAGUACUGCUGUAAACUAGGGGAACCAAAAGCAUGUGUCAUUCGCCACAAGUUAAUAUCACCUUUCGUAUCGAUACAGUAUAGUCUGUAUAUUGCAUUAAUCAGUUCUUAAAUCUAUAACAGAUAAUUUAGUCUGAUUGAACAAGGAACUGAUGAUCUACAUCACAAAUCUGAAUCAGGUUUGAACUGCACGACGUGUGUUGUUUUCUCGGUUAGCAGUUUCACCACGGUAUAAAAGCAGUGUGGUCCAGCCCCGUCUGUAUGGACACAUCUGUAUGUCACUUGCUGGCUAAUGUGCAAAUGUAUGUUCUGUAAGUGAACAGUGUGUGACUCAGGGUUAGGGUUAGGGUUAGGGUUAGGGUCAGGGUUAGGGUUAGGGUCAGGGUUAGGGUUAGGGUUAGUACAUCUCGGUACAUCUCGUGUUGCCUCUCUCACCGUCUCACUCUCUCCAUCUAUCUGUAACUCAUAUUUCUAUAUCUCUGGGUUUUCUGCUGACCGUAGCAGAUUGCAGCAAGCUCUGGCUUUCAUACUGGGGAGGAAGGCGGUGUGGCACUGAGGAUGGAUGAGAUGGAGUGAUAGAAAGAGGGAAAGGGAGAGAAGCAUGUAGCGAUAGGGGGACAAAAAUGUGUGAUAUGCCCCAUUUGCCCUUAGAUCACCCCAUCCAAUAGAAAUCAAUCAGAACGCGUGUACUGUAGAAGAAUUUGAGGGAUGGAUGCUUAAAGGAAGGUUGCAGUGUUGGGAAAUGGAUGAGUAGGCUGUGUGUUAAGUUAAAAGGCUUUCCCCCUGGAUUCUAUUUUAGCUAGCUGGAGCUGGUUAGGCUUUGGGGAGAUUUGUGCCUAGUUGGCGAAUAUAAAUUGAUUUUAAGGGUGCUAUAUUUGGGGUGAGGUGCAGGGCAUAUAGGAAAAAACGAAUUCAUAGUUUCUGUGUAGCGAAGGGGUUCAAAUGCUUCUCAAAAUCCCCAAUAUUUGGAUAAGAGUCUGCGGUCCAAGUAAGAUGUGUCAGAGUAUGAAUGUGAGGUUUUAGGUGUGUUUGUGUGUGUGCAUAUCUGUGUAUAAGUGCUUGUGAGAGACAGUCCUUUUAUUUGACACCAAAAAGGGGACACAGAUUAUCGAUGUGUAAAUACACUGGAAGGAGUAGAUGUGGAAAUACAGCCAGAGGCAGUCAGAUGGAAACUGCCAAGAUUUUAGAAAGAAGGGAAAUGCAAAUGGACAGUUGGGUCUGCUCUGCAGUUAAAGAAUAUUGAGUGCUGGCAUUAAAGACUGCUUAUUGAGGCUCUACCCGAGAGAAGUGUCCUUUUGGUACUGAAAAUGGGCUCUGGGAAGAGCUCUGCCAUCCCUACAUUGUGCGUACAGUAGCGCAACAAUAUGUACCAAAUAUCUCUGCCCAUACAAGUACUGUUGUAAUCUCAUUACAUUGCGUGGUUGCCAGGUCUCACGUGAGUACAUCCUCUCUGGUCUGCUCUGCUUACAGCCUGGUUACUCCAUUUGGAGGAGGGUGUGUAGUAACAGUAAGGGGGAUGAGCAAAGAUCUGGAGGAACACCGGGGAAGGAUUUAUGACUCGCAUACUUGGGAGCCACAUUAGAAUUCCCAAGCCCUCUCCACACACACACACACACACACAGGUUGAGCACAGAUGUAUACUCAUAUACAUGCUCACAUACACACCCACAAGGUCGUAUCUUCCUUGUUUUACUACCCUAGUGGGAAUUUCUGUUCCUCACACAUAAAGUAAAAGAUGGAAGCAUGCACACAAACACACAGUCUCAUUCUUUUACUCCCAUUAUGAGAAAUGAUGAGCCUCAUCUCUGUCGUCUUUGUUGACAGUUCCUCAGAUGUUAAUUAGCCUGGGCAGUGUCACUGGAGUGCGGGACGUGCUCUCUUUGACCUGUUUUUUCAUCGUUUUAGUGCUAUUUUCAAGUGUGUUGUAAACUCACUACAAAAAACCCCCACAUAGGUCAGACUUGUCACAUAGCAUUCAAAGCAUUCCAUUGCACAUUCAUUUGGUUUAUACUACAGACAUCUUUCACCAGAUGUCACGAUCCGAGGAGGUGGCAGGACACAGGCGCAGAGCUGGUGGAACAAACGGGUACUUAAUUCCAGCCGCUUGACACAAAAUGAAGACCGUAACACGCCACAAUGACUGAAAAAAACACACCAGGGAAGGAGGACCUUAAAUGAGGACUUAACAAGGGGUGACAGCAAUACACUAACAAGACUGAACAUAGAAACGGGAAAACCUGUGAAAAUAGAAACAGACACCUAUUGCUACUGAAAUAUAAUAAAUUAUAUUAUACAAUAUUAUAUAAUAAAUACAUUAGUUUAAUCACUGAAACACAACAUUAUCUACAUUCUUCCAGUAGGCGUUGGGCAGGCUGACAGUACCUGAAUAGUUAAUUUCCCCAUGCCAUGAUCCCAAAUAAUUGGCCAUCUCACCCAUAGACACCAACUAAACAGGUGCACUUGACUAAAUCCAAAACGCUACAUACGUAUACCCUCCUUAUAUGCUCACCACCUUUUUUAUUUAGUCAAUUUAUUUUAACCUUAAGUGCAUUUUGUGAAUGAUGUACCUUUAUGUUGUUUACCUCUAGCAGCACCUCUACACAUAGUAACAGUCUGGGGACAUGUGAAUGUACAAAGCAAAAUGAAAAAUAAUAUAUCUUCUUCUGAUUACAUUUUCUGAAAAAGUGGAUUUUGUACUUCAAUGUUAAUUGAAAAUAUGUUAGUUUUUUUUUAUUUUAAUUACUGCCUUCUUGAUUAAAUUAACUGUUUUGAGUUUAGUACUACAAGGUGUAAACAUGUACCAGAUAUGAAAAUUGUACCAAAGCUAUUAAAGAAAGAAACAGUUAUUAGCUGUGAAGUCCUCCAGCGCAGCCCUUUAUCCUUUUCUUCAAAGAAGCAAUGUCCCGCUGAUAUCACAGUGAACUUUUUUGGAUCACAUUUUCUGUUGUGAAACACAUUUUCUUUAUAUCCCUAUUCAUCUGUACAGUCCUGCUUCUGUCUCUCAUUACAUUUCAGUCUAGAGGACUAGCUAACAACACUGGAAAAAAUCCAUGCACUGUUGACACAACAUUCAAUCAAAUCAGGGACAUGGAAAGCUUUUCCUUUGGCUUCUUAAAGAGGGCACUUCAAGCCUUUGUUUUAGAAAUGGAGCUGUAACAAUCGAUACGUAUCCCUUUAUAAAUUAAUUAGAUGCUUCUUGGACCAAUCACAAUUGAGACAAACACAUGCACGCACACACACACACACACACACAAGUUCACCAUUCAUUUACAUAUUCAGGACACAUUCAUUGAUCUCCACAUUCUGGUCCUCUGGCAUGGCUGAUUAUUGAUAAAUCUGUGUUGACACUUUAGGUAUUGUUCAUUCUGAGGGAUAGUGUAUCUAAUGAUGAUAAUUACUGAGGGUGUAUUUCUGUUUCUGUUUCCAUCGCCCUCCUCUUCUCAUGACCUCCUUUCUGUAAUCUCUUCUAUUCUCUGUUAGGGUUUCUCUGUCCGAUGUUUGUAAUGAUGCAAUGUGAUGGAAGGAAUUUCAGGGGCCUGGUCACUGACUCGUUUUAAAUUAUUCUCAAAUUGCACGGUUAGAUUGUACCAUGAUCUAAUGGCAGAAUUUAAAUAAUCAAAAUAUUAUUGAUUGAUGGGUGGUCAGGAAUGUGUCUGUGUUUGCAGCUGAGAUGAAGUCCCUGUGUAACUCUGGGGCCCACUGGUCCUUCAUGUCCUCCUUUCCCUGCAGGUUUUCUCUCAGUCCUUCACAGCAUCCUAUGCUAUCUACAAAGUGGCUAAUGGGUAGGUACAGUAAAACCAUAAAUGCUAAUGCAUGGGCUGCACUGGGCAUGUGCAUUGCCAACGCAAGUGGGCCCUGGCCUCGACUGACCGAACACCUCCAAGUGUGUCUCUUCUCAUCUGAAAAAACUUUCAUCUUUCAUGUAAGACAUCCAUUAGUCACUCUGGCUGGGCAACAUCCAGUCUGAGUUUGCUAUCAGAGAUCCCUGUCUGCUGGCCCACCAGCGAAGAAGAAUUCUACUGUGUCUGUGGAUGGGAACCUUGGCCCUGCUGUCAACAGUGUAAGGAGAACCAAUGCCAGUUGAAGGAAUUCAGAGGGACCGGCUGAGCAACAAGAAAUGGAUCUGCUGGAACUUAACCCCCCAGUGGGGGAGAAUACUGUGAUACAGUAUGCAGCCUGGGGACCACAUGGAAACCAGUUGGCCUAUGUGUUUGAAGGGGAUAUCUACUACCAGCCAGACAUGAACAGCAAGCCACUUCGCCUUACAUCAUCAGGCAGAGAAGGGCUGGUGGUGAAUGGACUGACUGACUGGGUGUAUGAAGAGGAAGUGCUUUUGAGUUAUCCUGCCCACUGGUGGUCAACGGAUGGUGCUCGCUUGGCAUACCUCAAUAUCAACAACUCUGCUACACCCCAAAUGGAAAUACCUUACUUCCUGGGUGGUGCCUAUCCGUCCAAUUUCUUUUUUCCUUACCCCAAGGCUGGCUCCAACAUUCCCAUUGUAAGUCUGUUUGUGGUGAAUCUCUAUGGUCCAGCUCACACUCUAGAGAUGAUCCCUCCAGACUCUCUCAGGGCCAGAGACAGCUACAUCUCCAUGGUGACAUGGAUCAGCAGUACUCGGCUGGCUGUACGUUGGUUGAACCGGGCCCAGAACCAAUCAGAGCUGUGUGUGUGUGAAGCCACUACUGGGGCAUGCUCAGAGAAACACACAAUGGUCAUGGACUUAAUGCAAAACCAACGACAGGAGGUGCCAUUAUUUUCAUCUGAUGGUUCCUGGUUUUACUUGACGUUGCCAGCCAAGCAGGGUGCCCGAGGAGAGUUCCGGCACAUUGCCAGUCUGCCUGCUCAGCCUCCCAUCCCUUCAGUCCCUCCCCGCUUUCUGACGUCUGGGAAUUGGGAUGUCACAGAGCUGUGUGCCCUGGAUGAGGACAACAGAAAAAUAUACUUCCUCAGCACAGAAGAAUCCAGACAGAGCAGACACCUUUACAGUGCGGACCUCGAAGGGAUCUUCCAGCGCGAGUGUCUAACCUGCAACCUUCUAGAAGGCUGUAGCUUUUUUAAAGCAGAGUUCAGCCCGAAUCAGACAUAUUUUAUUCUUUAUUGCCUAGGUCCUGGAGUCCCCAAGGUGACAGUUCACAGCACCAAGGAUCCUUCUGGAUACAUAGUACUGGAGGACAACACACUGCUCUCUGAGAUCCUAGAAGAGAAGAGACUCCCAGAGACUGUCUUCAAGACCCUUGCAGCAGAUAACCAUGAUCUGCACCUGAAGCUGUCUCUGCCCCAGGGGUAUGAGACCCACCUUCUUCCGCUUCUCAUCCUUGUGGAUGGAGUUCCAGGCAGUCAGUCAGUGACAGAGGAGUUUGCUCUGGGAUGGCCCGAGGUGCUUGCCAGCACACAUGAUGUGGCCUUGGCCUGGGUGGAUGGAAGAAGUGGGGUGGGCCGUGGGCAAAAGACCAGCAGUGUGGAUCCCCGCAAGCUAAGCACCCUAAGAGUGAAAGAUCAACUAGGAGUUGUAGAGUGGUUAAUGCAACUGCCUUACAUUGAUGACCGACGGAUUGCCCUGUAUGGGAAGGCGUUUGGUGGUUAUUUAUCCCUCAAGAUGUUAGCUGCAACUGACCAGCUGUUCAAAUGCUCAGUCACCGUGGCUCCUGUAACAGACUUCAAACUCUACAGUGCUGCCUUCUCAGAGAGAUAUCUGGGUCUCCCAGCGAAGGAGGAGCAUACCUACCUGACAGCAUCUGUAUUGGAAGAUGUUCACAAGCUUAAAAAUGAGAAUUUCCUCUUACUGCACGGGACUGCGGACGCACGCGUCCACUUCCAGCACAGCGCGGAGCUCCUGAGCCGCUUAGUGAAGGUGGAGGCCAACUACUCCCUGCAGCUGUACCCAGAUGAGGGCCACAUUCUGAGGGAGCGGCGCAGCAUCCAGCACUCCCAACGGACCCUGGUGCACUACCUACAGACUUGUCUGAGACACAACCCCCUCUUGGCCUUCAUAGAAGAGCCAAGUGAGGAUGAGGAGGACGACUGAUUUCUCUGACCUCUGGCACUGGAUAGAGACAGAGGCCUACUCUCCUGUGCAUUUCCCAAGUCAGACUAUAGACACUAGUCACUUUACACAGCCACUGACUAGAUACAAGAGCACAGAAGUGGGGACAAAGAA